AAACUAAUGUUACGAUUAUCACAAGUAUUUAUACGUUAUAUCAAUCAUACUAAAACGUUCAUCACAUAAACGUACCUAUCAGUAAAUUGUGAUUUUAUAUUUCUAACAUUCAUUUGUAUCACAUAUAAUAUAUACGAAAGAUGAAUUAUAAAGAUUAUGAUAUAACUAUCAAAAAUGGAGUGCUUUGCACACCAGACACAGACCUGACCGUCCAAAAAGGCUUAGGACAUUUUAUACUAGAAGCAUGUCACAAAUUUGCUACCAAUACAUUUCAGAUAUGUCCAUUUACAAACGCUUCAAUAACUUUCCACGAUUUCAAAGUACAAUCCUUAAACCUUGCCGCAAACCUGCGGGCUUUAUGUGGAGUACAACCAGGCGAUAUUAUAAUGACGUCAAUGAAAAAUUCCCUGGAAAAUUCUCUUCCAAUUGCUGCAACAUUCUACCUGAAUGCUGUGACUUGUUCCUUAGAUCCUUCACUUUCUAUUCGUGAUUGCGAGUAUCUAAUUAACUUAGCUGAGCCAAAAGUUAUUUUUGUAAACGCAGACAUUGUCGAAAAUAUCAAAGCAGCAUUAAAAAACAUUAAAAAAGAAGCUAAAUUAAUAGUAAACUACGAUCACACGCAACUAGAAAGAAAUGGAAACCUGCAUCUACAAGAUUUAUUGGCAACAACAGAUAUCACAUCCGGAUUUGAACCUGUCAUUGUUAAAGAUCCUGCCAAAACAAUGGCAGCCAUUUUGUUCAGUAGUGGAACCACAGGUUUGCCAAAAGGAAUAUGUUUGAAUCAUGAAAGUGUUUUGUAUGUUGGUACACUAAUGCACGAACUUAUGGAAAAUCCAAAUGUUUUUACUUUAUGUACAACUUUUUAUUGGAUUUCGGGUUUGGGCAUGUUUAUUGGCCAGUUUCUCAAAGGUGCUACCAAAGUAGCCUUGCGCAAAUUUGAUAUUCUAGAAUUUUGCAACGUUUGCAAACAGUAUAAAGUCGAAGGAACAUUUUUAGCGACCAGCUACCUAUCAAAAUUUCUCCAAGCCAAAGAUUUAAUUAACCAAACACCUCUCAAAGCCGUUAUGGCUGGUGGCAUGACUCCAACCAAAGGACAAUUUGCCCUAAUGCAGUCAACGUUUCCACAGAUUCAUUUCAAUCAAGGAUAUGGCAUGACGGAAUUUGGUGGACCAUGUUGUGCAUUCACAGCAAACUAUCGAUCUUACAGGGAACAGUUUCCGGAAAGCACUGGUGUUCCUCUUGCAGGAUUUACUAUAAAAAUUAUCGAUACAGAAACCGGUAAAGUUUUGGGACCUAAUGAACGAGGCGAAAUUUGUUGCAAAUCAAGAUUUAGCAUGCUCGGCUAUCACAAAAACAAUACGGAAAAUCCAUUUGAUAAAGAAGGAUUUAUAAGAUCAGGAGAUUUGGGACAUUAUGAUGAAAAUAAAAUGAUGUAUAUUUCCGGGCGCAGUAAGGACAUGUUUAAAUACCAGUCCUGGCACAUUGUCCCAGCUUCUUUGGAAUCCAUUAUUAAAGAACAUUCCGCAGUAGAUGAAGCCAUUGUUUUUGGAAUACCACACGAAGAAGAUGGUUUCCUGCCAAGUGCAGCAAUAACUCUGCACAAAAAAAUGAUCGGCAAAAUCAAACCCGAAGAUAUUGCCAACUUCGUGGAAGAAAGAGUAGCAGAUAGGCAAAGAUUAAGAGGUGGCGUUUACAUUGUUACAGAAAUGCCUAGAACUCCUACAGGAAAAAUUCAACGAAAUAAAGUUUAUGAUAUGGUACGAGCAGAAAUGUAAAUUCAUGCAUUAAUAUUACACGCCACGAAGUAUAUAUAUAUAUAUAUAUACUUCAUGGUAGAAAACACAAUAUCGUGUUAUAAUACAUCAAACAUAAAUAUUUAAAUUUUACUUUUGUUUUUAUUAAGUUAAUUUGAUAAUUUAUAAAGUUAUUUAUUUUAGUUUCACGAUGUGUACAGUUAUAAAUGUAGCACUGAAAUAAAAAUAAGUAAUAUUUUACUGUCCUACACUCA